AUCGAUCAGCCUGUAUGUUAACCCAGCCCAAACGCGAGAAAAAUAAAAGAGAUCGAGCGAAGAAGAAGCUGCCUCACGUGGCUCCCGUCGUUAGCCGCGCGCAGCUCAGCUCAGCGCAGGCAUCCUCCAACCACCCGCGCGACGCAUUAGACAACGGCCCCCUAACCGCAGCUUAGCUAGCACGGCUAUCCAUCCGUCCGUCCAUACAUGCUAACACCAGCGGCGAAUUGAUUGAUUGAUUGCCAAUAAUACAUGUCCCAACAAAGGGGCAGAGGAGGAAGACGGGUAGCAGUAGCAGGAGGAGGAGUACAAUAUUUUGCCCGCGCCCCGGCCAACGUUGUUGUUGUACUCUAUCGCGGAAAAGUUUGAGAAAAGCCUUUAGGUUGGUGGCUAGCUUAAGCUAAGUUAGCUUCCUGGUUGACUUGUUGGAGGGAUCUUUUGUUUCUUUUCGAUUUGGUGUGGGAUUGUUCCACUGCAACCGAUUGAUCUACUGCUACCUAGCUAUCUGGGAUAGCGGUUGUGGAUAUAUUCUGGUGUUAGUUUGUCGUGGAUGAGUAGUGCUAGCUGCAUUCGUGAGGGAGCUGGGAGCUAGGAAAGGAGGAGCAUGGCGGCGGUGAGCAGCAGGAAGAUACUAGGUUGGUCCCUUGUUCGGCGGGAGAUCACGAGCGGCGGGGAUGGUUUCUUCGCCGGGCCGCCCGCGUUGGCGCCCCCAGCGACGGCGGGGCAGCAGCAGCAACAGCAGGAGCAGCCGGGGCCGGGGCCGUCGGCGAUGGCUGCGAGGAUCACCCCCGCGGUGCUGUUCAUCACGGUGGUGCUGGCCGUGGUGCUGCUGGUGUCCGGCCUGCUCCACAUCCUGCGGCGGCUGUUCCUCAAGAGCCACCGCGCCAAUGCCAGGGCGGAGGCCAUGGAGCGGCAGCUGCAGCAGCUGUUCCACCUGCACGAGGACGGGCCGGGGCUCGACCAGGCCGCCAUCGACGCGCUCCCCUGCUUCGCCUACGGCGAGCUCGAGCUCUCCCUCGGCGCCGAUGAUGCCAAGGAGGGGGAGGGGGACGAGGAGAAGGGCUACAAGAAGAAGAAGGGGACGAGGCCGUUCGACUGCGCCGUCUGCCUCUGCGAGUUCGCGGCCGCCGAAGACCGCCUCCGCCUGCUCCCGCUCUGCGGCCACGCCUUCCACGUCGCCUGCAUCGACACCUGGCUCCGCUCCAGCUCCACAUGCCCGCUCUGCCGCACCCAGGCGCUCUCGGCCUCGGCUCAAGCCCCGCCCACGGCUGACACUGACACCCCCUCUGUACUCGAGACUCCCACUGGCGUCGAGGAGCAGCAGAAGCAGGAUGACGAUGCGUCCAAGGAGGACGCGUUCUUCCCGGGCAGCGUCGUGCUCCCGGUCAGGCUCGGCCGGUUCAAGAACGUGCAGGACGGCGUCCAGGAGAGCAGCGGCAGCAGCCGGCGCCUGGACGCGAGGAGGUGCUACUCCAUGGGCUCCAACUACCGGUACGUCCUCGCAGAGGAAAACCUGGUGGUGUCCGUGCGCUGGCGUCCAGGCGACAGUACCAGCGGCGCGGCCCCAGCGGGCGGCGUAGCCGCGGCGGCGGCGGCGAGGAGGAGCGAGCAGCAGGGCAAGAAGGUCUGCGCCGCCAGCCGCGGCGACAGCUUCUCCGUGUCCAAGAUCUGGCAGUGGCGCGGCAGCGGCAGGCGGCUCCCCGCUCUCCGUGCCGAUGGCUCCGAGUCCCCGGCGCCCGACGACGGCCUCCCCUGGGCGCAGGCGCAGGCGCCGGCGAGGACGCGCAGCGCCAGGCAAGAAAUCGACACUUGAUGAUGAUAAGGAUAGAAUCUACACUUUACAGUCUACACACAUACAGACAGACACGCGGAUGUCUUCCCGUGCCUUUUGGUGAUCAGAUAGCUAGCAAUAAGCGUUUCUUGACAGAGUUUUGCCUGUGCUUGAUCAGGAAAUCAUUCCUCCUCGUAUGCCUUUUUGGUGAAUCAUUUUUUUUUCUGCCUAGUGUUCCUAUGUACAAAUACAACCACCACCUAAACUGACGUCCAAAUGGCAACUCGAUCCAGCUAGCUACUCGUAUUCACCGGGAUAUUCUAUCUUCUAUGUGUUCAUCUUUUCCACGGGUGGAAUGGCAAUGUAGGUAGUCAGA